AAAAAGUAUUCUUGAAAGAUUAUUAUAUUUCACGAUAGUACGACAGCCAUUUUAUUAGCGAAUAUUUACAUAAUAGUUAAAUUUCCAAAAUGCAUUACCAAUUUAGCAGUUUCACAAACCGAUUAGUGGGUACAAAUAAUCCACAUGCUUUAUAUCCAAUUAGCCCAGUACCACUUAGUAAAAAUGAUCCUCCAAACGUAACAUACGCUAAUGCACAUCUAUCUAAGGUUCCAGAAAAACGAGCGAUGUCUUCGGCACAAGGUGGAACCAGUACAGUACCAGCUGGAUUACUUAAGAAAAUGGAACAAUUCCAAAGGAAAGAUGGUUUACCAGUAUUUUUAAAAGGAGGCCCAGUUGACAAAGUUCUUUUCGGUUUGACAAUGUCACUUUGCGCUGUUGGUGUUGCUUUAUCAUUCAAAGUAUACUACGACUUAUCCUACCCCAAGAAACAAUAAAUUAAAUUUAUUUAUUGAAAUGUAGUAAAUUUGUUAAUGAAUUAUUGUACAGUUAAAUUU